AUGGCAGCGGCGGGCAGCGCUGCCCAGCACGUGGGGCCGGGCUCCCCUUUCGAGAGCCCGACCUUCGAGACAGAUGCGACCAUCCAGAUCGAGGGCGGCUAUACCGCCGCCUCGAUCUCGCCGAGUGGCCGAGACGCGGUGCUCGCAGGCAAAAAGGGCCUCGUCAUCGUCGACUUGGACAAUCCGUAUGAGCUGCCCCGCUUCAUACAGUACUCCACCCAGUUUGAGGUCGCCGAUGUCCAGUGCUCGCCCUUCGCCAUCCGUGCUGAAUGGGUCGCGUCGACAAACAACAACAAGGCUCUCAUCUUCAACCUGAAUAUGAAGACGGACGCCACAGAGGCGCCAAUCCAGUACACUCUUGAAGGCCACGACCGACAGAUCACAGACAUCAACUUCUCUGCCCACCACCCCGAUAUGCUGGCUACGUGUGCUCUCGACACGCGCGUCUGCACCUGGGACUUGCGUACACCAAACGUUGCUACUAGGCUUGCACUGCCAUCGGUGCGGCAGCGUUCAACUCACACUUUCGCCGACUUCGAAGCAGGCGCUACCCAAGUCAAAUGGAAUAGGCAGAAUUCCAACACUCUUGCUUCUUCCCAUGACCGUUAUGUGCAAGUCUGGGAUGUUCGCCACGGCGCACGCCCGGUCACCACUAUCCAUGCCCACUUCAACAAGGUAUAUGGCAUCGACUGGCAUCGAUCACAUCCGACGAGGAUCCUCACAUGUUCACUGGACAAGACGAUCAAGCAGUGGGAUCAAGCUGGAGCUGCAGAGACCGUGAGACAGCCUAGCCACACGAUCUACCAUGGCUUUCCGCUCCUGCGUGCCCGCCACACUCCGUUUCCAAACGGGAUUGUCGCAAUGCCCCAAGUGGUUGGCGCUCCGUUAGCGCUGUACAAGCAGCCGGCAGACAACACCUUUCGACCCAUUACUUCAGGCUCUCCGGACCACGUCUUUCGUACAGAUGCAAUCGAGACACGUCUGCAUGAGUUUCUCUGGCGCUCACGAGGCAGUACCGACAACGGUAUCGACAAUCGCGAUUUCCAGUUGGUGACGUGGGGAGCCGACCACCGCCUCCGCCUGCAUAGUGUCACGCCCGGCAUCUUAGAGCAAGCAGUUGGCUUCAGGAAAGGCAGUCGAGUAACUGAAGCCCCGAGUACGACCCGAAGGGGAGCUCGAUACAUCUCGUUCCGCGAUGGUCCGCAAGUUCUCCCGGAAGCGGACCUAGAAGAAGAACCACCUCAGCAGGGGAACCUCGCCGCACUGUUCAAAAACGCCGUCUUCAAAAAUCAGAAACAUAUGCAGAUGCAGACGGGCUUGAGCUCUCUGUUCAAGGCAGAGCCAAAGAGAGUCACCAUGUCGGCCCACAAGGUGCGGAGCAGUCCAGCUCAACGCAUUAUGACCCAGGUUACAUGGAUGCAUAACGUGAACGUGACCAAGCGAACGUUCGAUGGCGACGGCAAGCUCAUUGACGAAAAGUACGAAGCAGGCCACAGCUUGGCUGGCGAAAUCAAGCGUGCGGACUUGAAAUUUCCGAACGUAGCCUUUGACACCGCAGAGCUCCGCUUUCGUCAAGUGGUAGUUGCGUUCAAGGCCCCUUGGGGAGAAAGCUACUAUCCCGACCCCAAUAGUCAGACGCCGGCUAGGAAACUAGCAUUUCUCCGCGUCAAGAUUACAUUUCCGGAGUACUAUCCCGGCGUAGAACAGGAGCUCAACGACGAAGGUGAAGUGAUUAACCAGCAGGCCCAUCCGCUCCGCAUAGCUUUCGAGAAGACGACUGCCGCCAUCGCACCGGCAAUGCUUGACCAUCUGGAGACCGCCAUGGAGGCCAUUGCGGAGGCGUACGCAGUGCGCGCCCGAGAGGCCUUGGAAGCCGUGCUUUCCUAUGCGUUGGGCGACCGGAGCUUGGAAGACGCCCUCAACAUGGCCAAGGAGUACGACGGACGCGUUCCAAAAGCCAAGCCGAAAACGGAUGCGCCAGAUCCGGAGCCGGACCUCGGACAGUCUACAGAUCAGAAGAGCUCUAGUGAGGAGGAGGAUGAUUCGGACUCUGGUGAAUUCACUAAUGAUCUUAUGCACUCCUCACAUUCAAAUGCUAACAUUCCCCUUCCUGUACAGACCACGAUAAGAUUUUCCAGUCUUGGAUCCCUCGUCUGCGUAAGGCUGGCUCAGAAACCGGUGACGAGCUCUACUGGUCUGAUGACUGAUCUGAUACGGCUACCCCGGCAUCUCCGGCAGAAUCCAUCAAAGGACGACAUAUUUGAAGCUUUCGGCCGAAUUGUCGCUAUCCAUGACUCGGAAUCUCCGGCGUCUUCUGUGGUAUCUUGGGAAUCAUCUUCGUCACCUUCAUCAUCUUCCGGUUCCGAUCAAGAGACCGAUAUCCGAUUUGGGAAUUUCCUGCCCCCGUUACCCUGGCAAAAACCGCCCCGGUUGCAUAGCAAAGCUUCUCUUCCGUCCUCGACUGACGCUGCGCACCUGAACAAGAAAAGGUCUAUUGUGUCUAUCCUGGAUUCCGUGGUUGCUCAGUUCAUCCCUAGCAAGCGAGUCUUGGCGGAGGGGUACUUGGUUUUUGGCGAUGGGCCGGCGGUUUGUUUGCAUAAUUCAGAGGUUGCGAGGAGGAAUGGGUUUGAUGACUUGGCGGACAUCUGGCAGCUUUGCAGACUAAUCCUGAAUAACGAGGUACCCCUCGAAAUCCUACCCCAACAACACAGGCGAGAACAGGUUUUGGUGCUUGCCCGCCGAGCACUGGUAAGAAUCAAGCGCAAGGACAGCGGCCUGGACCUCCAGUUUGACGAGGCGGAGACCGUGACAAACCCGAAGCUGAGAGGGAGAGUGAAGUGGGGCCACAAUCCCGUCGUUACCUGGCUGAUUCCCGCUCUGUUUGAUCACUUUGAGCGCUUGGCCGACACCCAGAUGCUUGCUAUGCUGUCGUGUGUAUUUUCGGAACCUGCUGCCCGUGAAGGAGUGACUACCACCAUGGCCAAGACGAAACAUCCGCACCUUUCUAUGGAAGCUCCGGCCUUCUCCCUCGACUACUUCGCCUCUGCCGACGCCGCAUGGAGCCUGUUCAAACCUACCCUUUCUAUUCCGUCCACCCCCGCCCAUUCAAGAUACGCUACGCCUGUGAAUAAUGAGUUUGGUUGGCAUCGCCUUUCAAGACAUCUUGAUACGUAUGGGUCGCAUGGUUCGUCGAAUGGCCCUUGGGGAAGUGAUACGCUGCCGUCUGAACCAGUAACCCCUUACUCUACAGGCAACACGCCGCCGACCCUCUCACGCGCUCCCACCCUUCGCUCCGCAACAGCCAGCCAUACGCCGUAUUCUACGAGUCCUGAAAUGUCACAUACCGCCGUCAAGAAGACGUCCUCGGGGAAUUUUGCCAGUGCCAUCGCUACGAUCUCCAACAAGUUUAUGUCAUCCUCGCCGCCCGUUAAAUCUCGCACUGAUGACCUCUCGACAUCUGCACCCACUAGCGGUGUCACAUGGGGGACGACAACUUUCUAUAGUAGUGGUAGUAAUGAACGUGGUCUUGGUGUAGCCCCGCGGUCGAAGCAUGGGAAGAGGGCUAGCUUUGGGCAGGCAGACCGUACCAUCAUCGAUUACAUUUCCGACUCGGAUUCCGAAUAUAAUGACAUAGGGGUCACGUUCGACGGCGGUUCGGAGUAUACAGCUCCUCUUACACUGGGCACAGAGGAUGGGGAUGACGGCUCAAGGAUCAGAGUCACACUCAAGAAUCAGGACAAGUUCGAUGACGAGGCGUGUGUGAGCGCACCGCUGCUGGACAUGUCAAAGGAGUGGCUGUACCGCGCAUGGAGGGAACAAUACGCCGAGAUACUGGGCUGCUGGGGUCUUGUCAGCAAGAGGGCGGAGGUGCUUAAGUUCAACGGGCUCGUGUCAUAUUUCCCGUUCGAGGAUGUAUCAAGAGGCGGCGGGUCAAAAGCAGGAUCUAUGCAUCUCGCGCUCAAGAAAGAAGGCCAUGACAGGGUCGAGUCAGAGCUGACGGUGCAACCUAUCUCGCGGGCUUCCACUCUAGCACCCCCGGCUGCUACCGCUGCACAAUUCAAACGGUCCCCAAUCGCUUCUCCGCGACACUUUGCCCUCAACCCCGAAGCCGUAGAGUUCAAGCCAAGUAGCUCCUUUAUGCUAUUGGACGAGGUUCCUGCACCACCGGCAGACGUCUUCAUUCCCGCAGAGCAAUACCUGCGCCUAUCCAUUCCGACACCGGCGCCCUCUAACGAUCCGUUCACAGAUGGCGCAGGAGAAAGCAAGCUCUCGCCGUAUACACACCUACGACCCCGCCCAUCCCUCUCGCGCGCUACAUCCAACAUCUCGGGCCAUUCGGCCUCAAGCCGACUCCAGGACACUACUGCCUCUUCUCCCAAGAAAGGGAAGAGUGAGCCCAUCUAUAGCUGCAGCAUAUGCUGGAUCCGCGUCUCAGGACGGUUCUACCUCUGUCCCGCAUGCGGUCACGUCGCUCACUUCGACUGCAUGGACGACGAACUGGGCAUGGACGAAGGCGAGUGCGUAGUCGGCUGUGGUUGUGGCUGUGGCUUCGAAGACGACUACGAGCAUGGCAGUAUCGUAGAGUACGUCGAGGGUGUGAGGGGCUGGGAGGAACGAGGCGGAUGGCUGCCAGAAGUGGAGUUUGAAGAGGAGGCUAGUACGAAGGGUAGCAGGAUGACUCUUGCGCAGGAUAUGGAGUAUAAGGAAGAGGUUAGGAGGUGGGAUGAGCAGGGGAAAGAGGGGAAAGAAGACGGGAGGAGAGGGGAGAAGAAGGGCAAGGGCAAGAGGAAGGCGAGGGUUACGGGGAAGAGUUACUAUUGA